AUUGGCUGGGGAAGGAUGGGACUGUAAGAGUGAGGCAGAGUUAGAGCGCAGCGCUGCUGGAGCAGUCAGGAGAACAGCGGAGGAAUAACGCAGAGUGCAGGAGACUCUGAGAGGACACUAAACACACACACACACACACACACACACACUCACAAAGAAGAGUGGAGCUGGACGACUGAGGACCCUCUUUGGACUACUUUACUGGAGCUAUUCAACUUCUUUUUUUUCUUUCCAUGGUCAAGUGGGAACGACAAAAGGAUUUUGAGAAAAAGCUGAACUGGAUCUGAGUGACCAUGGGGACUGUGAAGACACAUCUCCUUCUGGGGGUUGUCUUACUAGGAGUCCUGGAAGUGGUGUGUGAUCUUCCUCCUCCGACCAUCGUGUCUAAUGAGACGCAGUUCGUGCUGCCGCCGCACUCCGUGUUUAAUAUCAGCUGCACGGGGAAGCAGCGCGUGAAGUGGGAAGAGCCGUUACCGAGGAACACGCACGUGCUGCCGGGAUAUUAUACCGCCACGCUGCUCAUAGACGACGCCGCGGCUUUCCACACCGGACCUUACACCUGUGUUUACGAGGCUGUGGAGACAGAGCCCGCCAGCAUCUCCAUCUUCGUACCCGAUCCUGAUGUCCCAUUUGUGCCAGAGGAACCUAAUGCUCAUGAAGCAGAAGCUUGGGGGUCUCUAAUCCCGUGUCGUGUUACAAACCCACGGUCCAACGUGAUUCUCCGGACCCUGCCAAGUGGAGAUGAGAUGCCAGCCCUAUAUGAUGCCAGUCAUGGCUUCUUAGGCAGGUUUUCUCCUGGGCUCUACGUCUGUGAGACUGUUGUGAAUGGCAAGGCCGUCCAGAGCGUGGUGUACUCAGUAGCAGAUGACCCUGAUGUAAAACUGAGAGUCAGUCAGCAGGAAGUGAAAGAGGGAGAAGCUUUAAACCUUACCUGUGAGACACCACCCGGGUUUCAGUACCUCCAGCAGUGGCUGCAUCCCAGCAAACAGGCUGCAGGUGCCGUUCAGAUGAAGCAGGCAUUUCCUGAUAAGGUCGUGUACAUCCUCAAUAUCCCACACGCUUCAGUGGCUGACUCUGGAUUCUACGAGUGCUCUGUCACUGAUAUUUCCAGUUCCCGGGCAAAGUCCGCCAGUGUGACCGUCACUGUCCAUGGGACUUCUUUUUUGGUUCUGGAUCACAGUGGGAUUGGAGCAGAAGAAACGACUCCUCUGUUGGAGGAAACCGAGUUUACCUUCUACAUCAAAUCUGACAGCGCUCCAAAGGUUACAUGGUUCAAAGAUGACCAAGAGUUGAUUAGCAAUUUUGCGACCACCAAGACUGUACUACUAGAAGACAAAAGGUAUGAGAGUGUGUUGGUCCUGCGGCAUCCAGUGGAAGAGGACAGCGGAACAUAUAAGAUUGUAGCAUCAGCCGGCUCACAGAGUGCAGAGUUCUCCUUUAAACUUCAUGUAAAAGCUUCUGAGCCAGCGCUGUUGCAGUCUGGUCUUCCUCCAUUAAUCUGGCCCAGGAAGGAGGAGAUGGUGGUGUCCCUCCAUUCCUCAUUCAGAAUAACAUGUCGGGGUCAGGAAGAGCUGUCCUGGAGUACCCCAAUCCACAUCGAUGAGCCAGUGAGCAAAGACAAAAGGGGUCUCUACGUCUCCACAUUGACCAUAGACAAUGCUUCAGCGAUCCAUACAGGAGAAUAUACCUGCUCGUACAACAAUGGAAACCAGACUGAUGAGGCCUACAUCUACAUCUAUGUACCAGAUCCAGAUGCGCCAUUCGUGCCCUCCCUCUUUCCUUUUAUUAACCAUGUUCUAACCAAUCAUGAUGGAAUGGAAGUUCCUUGCCUAGUCUCAGACCCCAGUGCCAAUGUGACUUUGAUCCUCGUGGAGACCCAGCAGCCAGUGCCUGCCCACUAUGACAGCAAGAGGGGCUUUUUGGGCCUUUUUACCGCUGGAACGUAUGUAUGCAGGGCCAUUGUGAACGGUGAGGAACACGAGAGUGAGGAAUACAUUGUCCACGGCUGGGUAGGAAGUUCAGAGUUGCAUAUUGAUCUGAAGGCCGAGAAGAAGGCUCUGCUGGUUGGACAGACUAUUACAGUCAACUGUGUAGCAAAAGGCAGCGAGAUGUUGGAGGAUCACUGGAAAUAUCCUGGCAAACUAGCUGGUCGUGGAGUGAAGACGGUGAAGGAGAAUAAGAGAGAUCAGGAAAUUCACUACACUCUGACUGUGCCUAAUGCCACAACUAAAGACAGCGGCAUCUACACCUGCUCCAUCACUGAUAUUAUGAGCAUCGAGAGCCAGACUAAAGAGCUCGUCAUUGCUGUCUAUGAAAAGGAAUUUGUGUCUGUGUUUCCUGCAUUUGCACCUGUGGAGACGGCCAAACUGGAUGAAGUACGUGAUUUCAGAGUUGACAUUGUGGCUCUUCCUGCCCCCAAGAUCACAUGGCUGAAGGACGGCGUUGUCCUGGGGGACGUUUCCGCAGAGAUUGCAACCUCUCUCCGGACAAUCAAUGAGACCAGGUAUCAGAGCACUCUGACUCUGAUUAGAGCUAAAGGCGAGGACAGCGGCAACUACACAGUGAGAGCUGAGAUAGCCAAUCAGAGUGCUAGCCAUUCCUUCAGCCUGCAGGUUAAAGUCCCUGCAGUGAUUGUGGAUAUGAUGGACCUCCACCACGGCUCAGCUGCAGGUCAGGCAGCAGUGUGUAUCGCCGGAGGGUCUCCCGUCCCUGAGGUGGAGUGGUACAUCUGUAAUAACAUCAAACACUGCGCCAAUGACUCGAGCCAGUGGUCACCUCUUCAGACCAACACCACAGGGAUCACAGUGGAUUCGCACAUCGACCAGGACAACCAGCUGGAAAGUCAGGUGAUCUUCGGACAUCUGGACAACACGCUGGCGGUCCGCUGUGUGGCCCGCAAUGACAUGGCUGUCGUCUCCCGGGAGGUCAAGCUGGUGUCCAAUGGGCCACACUCGAAGCUCACCGUGGCAGCUGCUGUUCUGGUGCUGUUGGUCGUUGUCAUCAUCUCACUUAUUGUGCUGGUCAUUGUCUGGAAACAGAAGCCACGUUAUGAGAUCAGAUGGCGAGUCAUUGAGUCUGUCAGUCCAGAUGGACAUGAGUACAUCUAUGUGGACCCUAUGCAGCUCCCCUAUGACUCUCGCUGGGAGUUCCAACGUGAUGGCCUGGUUCUGGGCCGUAUCUUGGGUUCGGGUGCCUUUGGAAAGGUGGUUGAGGGCACUGCAUACGGACUGAGUCGCUCACAGCCAGUGAUGAAGGUGGCAGUGAAGAUGCUAAAACCUACAGCCCGCUCCAGUGAGAAGCAAGCGCUGAUGUCAGAGCUGAAGAUCAUGACUCACCUGGGCCCUCAUCUCAACAUCGUCAAUCUGUUGGGAGCAUGCACCAAAUCAGGUCCCAUCUACAUAAUCACGGAAUACUGUUUCUAUGGAGACCUGGUGAACUAUCUGCAUAAAAACAGGGAUAACUUCUUGAGCCGCCACCCUGAAAAGGCCAAGAAGGAUCUGGACAUCUUUGGUAUCAACCCAGCUGAUGAGAGCAGCCGGAGCUACGUGAUCCUGUCUUUUGAGGAGAAAGGAGACUAUAUGGAUAUGAAGCAGGCAGACACCAUGCAGUAUGUUCCCAUGCUGGAAAGGAACGAAGCUUCCAAAUACUUAAGCCUUCAGAGACACGACUACGAUCACCCUCCCUCUCACACACACACCAAUGAGAGUGAGGUGGAGAAGCUUCUGUCUGACGACUCAGAGGGGCUGACCACCAUGGAUCUUCUCAGCUUCUCCUUUCAAGUGGCCAGAGGAAUGGAGUUUCUGGCCUGCAAGAAUUGUGUGCACAGAGAUUUGGCAGCCCGGAAUGUCCUGCUGUCUCAGGGUAAGAUUGUGAAGAUCUGCGACUUUGGGCUGGCCAGAGACAUCAUGCACGAUAACAACUACGUGUCCAAAGGAAGCACCUUUCUACCAGUGAAAUGGAUGGCCCCUGAGAGCAUCUUCGAUAACCUGUACACCACCCUGAGUGAUGUGUGGUCUUACGGGAUAUUACUAUGGGAGAUCUUCUCUCUGGGAGGAACUCCUUAUCCUGGUAUGGUUGUGGACUCCAGCUUCUAUAACAAGAUCAAGAGUGGAUACAGGAUGGCAAAGCCUGAACACGCCUCCAGUAAUAUAUAUGAGCUGAUGGGGAAGUGCUGGAACAAUGAGCCUGAGAAGAGACCCUCCUUCCACAGCCUGAGUGAGAGUGUGGCCAACCUGCUGCCCUCUGGAUACAAGAGAAGCUACGAGCGCGUCAACAGUAACUUCCUAAAGAGUGACCACCCAGCGGUGACACGCGUGCAGUGUGUGGAGAGUGAUGAUUCCUACUUGGGUGUGGCCUAUAAAAACCAGGGCAAGAUGAGGGAGCGCGAGAGCGGCUUUGACGAACAGAGGCUGAGCUCAGACAGUGGAUACAUCAUCCCUCUGCCUGACCUCGACCCGCUGUCCGACGAGGAGUACACAAAGAGGAAUCGCCACAGCUCCCAGACCUCAGAGGAGAGCGCUAUAGAGACGGGCUCGAGCAGCUCCACUCUACCAAAGCGGGAGGGUGAGACUCUGGAGGACAUCACGCUGCUGGAUGAGAUGUGCCUGGACUCGGGGGAUCUGGUGGAGGACAGCUUCCUGUGAGCGGGAGGACGUGGGAAAAAGAGACAGAGAGGGACGGAUAAAGAGAGAGAGACAUACAGUACAUUUUGUUCAGCUAAAGGAGUAAGAGUGAGGGAACAUGGAGAAGAACCCAACCAUCUACACAAGAACAUCUCCAAAUGACCUCUCUCUUCAUCCUGAACCUUUCAUGAACUCACUCUUCCCACCUUGCCCCUUUUACCUGCCUAGAGAAAAAAACAUAGAAGAUAAACCACUUCACUGCCUGGACAGACAUCCUGUGAGGUUCUUUUGUGUCAGCCUUAAUUACAGACAGUGCCCUCUACUGGGGUGGAGGAUGAGCUGGUAACAGUUUAGUGUUUAGUGUGCAAACGCUAAAAGUGUGGACUCAAAAAUCUUAAGGUUGUCUAUGUGGAGCUGAACAGUGUCAUUAUUACUUUUGGCCACUGAGACAAAGGAAGAAAAAAAGACAUUGGAGGAGGUUUCAUUUUCCACGUGUCUAUACGAAGUAUAUCAAUAUUUUUGUAUUGUGUAGGACCAAGAUGGGCGUUCCGAAUAGCAAAACAUGCAGGAAAAUACCAAACAUAUGAGAAUAUCAAAGACACUUCCAAUUCUACAACUGGCUACCUUCCAAACGAGUCCACUUGAGCUUUCAAGAACCACUACAACAAAAUCUGUAACCAACAAAAACUGUGUGAUUGAGCAACUUGGACUAAACACAACUGUGCAAGACUAAGCAGCUGGACUAGGGUGGUGCCAUAGUUUGCUUCAGUUCCCUGAAAGGAUUCAAUUUAUUUGCUUUUGCAAGAGAGCAGCUUUUCCAUUUCAAAGCACAAUCCUUGGAUAUAUGUACUGAUCGUAUAUUGUAGAUGAUACAAUAAGUGGAGCGAUUGGAAUUUUAUUUUUUUACCAUAUAAGUGAGUAUAAAUAUGUAUUAUUUGUGAAUAUUGGGGGAAGGGAGAAUUUUUAUGGUCCAAAAUGAAGAAAGAGCAAAAUUUGCUUUGACUAGUAGGUUGCAUGCACCUUUGUGACUUAUCCUUUAAAAAAAAUGCCAUGAUGCCAAAUAGCAUAAUACUAUAACUCCAAUUCUCACACAUCACUAGGUUUAUUAAUCCAUGCUUUAGUGAAAUUAGAAGAAUGAUACAAAGGUGAAUAUGUUCUAUUAUACCCAGAGAAAUGUCAGUCAGAGGUAAUAUCAAGAUUCUAACAUUUUUGCCAGUGUUUCAGAAGAAACCAAGUCUUCCACAGGAACAUUUCAUAUUUUACCCUGUGGUGCUUUAGCGAGAGGACAAUCUUGCUGUAACUUACUGUUACAGAGCAUGCACGUUACCUUUACCGAACAUAUGUUGACAAUAAGCUGGAAUGUUUUGAUGCUGUAUGUAACAUAAUGUACUAUAGGCCUAAGCAUCAAUUCAUGUUUUUUUUUUUAUAAUUUGAACCAAAUGAAAUAUUGUGUAUUGGCUGUUGUAGAAAGAUAUGCUGUAUGCAAAGAUUUUUUUUUUUUUUUUUUUUGGAUGUCUCCUGAAGCUCUGAACUUUAACCACAGGUAACAGUAGAGAUACUGUUGCUACUAGAAGCCCAGUGGUUUUGUGGUAUUCUUUACCAGUAUGCAAAACAUCAGCUGGGGUUUAGUUGAUAUUCAUCAACCUUUCACAGAGCCUGCAAUGAUCGUUAUUCUUUCGUCACUGCCUGUAGAAAACCUUGUAACUCUUUUUUUUUUAGGUUCUUCUCAAACCUGUUUUGUCUGGUUCUUUACACUAACAUGCUAGCUGCUCUUCACAUUGUGUGAACAUUUCAUGACCAGCAGAUGUUUAAAAAAAUCAUACUACAUAAUUUUCAUACUACAAAGAACUACUUGCUUACUCAGCCUGAUCUUCUAAAUGCUGUCUUAGAUCAGCCUAAUGAAGGCACCUAAGAGAAAAUACAACACUCAACAACACCUACACCAUGUUUAGCUCUGUUUCAGUUCCUGUGCAUCUCUCUCUUGGACUGGCUGUGGUUCUUUGAGCUGUAUGAUGGGAAUUUGCUGUAGAUUACUUGUGGACCAAACAAAGACCCUUGUUUAUUUACUUUUGCCAUGGGUACUAAGAAAGGCAGCCAUUUUGUAGCAGAUUUGAUUUGAGACAUUCCUGCUAUUUCAUGUUUUUUAAUGUCUUUAUCUUUAUCUGCAUGUCUGCACAUCUGUGUGUCUGUGUCGCAUUUAUCUGAUGGCCUUCAUUGUUGAGUUUUACUUGAUGUAACAUAAGGCCAGAAUUUUUACUUUGGGCAGAUUUAAUAUCUGUUAAAAUGCUUUCAUACACUCCAUUGGUUUACAUUUACAUUUAUGGCAAUUGGCUGGCAUCAUUAAUGCUGAUAAUGGUAUAACAGUGAUGAAUCCAGAAUAUAAGCUUUUCAGCAUUAUGUUUUUUUCCAAAAUUAUUUCAGCAGCAUAUUCAUAAAAAUUUUGCAUGAUCUAAAGACUUCAGACAUUCCUAAUCUUGAUGCUGUGAACAAAUCUGACUUGAGAAUUUCGCAUCACUCGUGUUUAACUCUGAGUGUUAUUUUUUUUUCUUUUGAUAUGAAUUAACAUGCAUUCCAGCCUAGAUUUAUGUGCAAACAUCAUACAAACCUUAUUAAAAGUAACAGGUACACCCAUUCUAAACCUAAAGUCCUGUACAGUAGUCUUGAUGCGUCGUAGAGAGACUCUAUGUAGCUAGUUUGAUGUUAUACAUCACUGUGCAUAGUAAAUGGGUUAUCAUUGUAUAGCUUAUCUUCCAGCGAUCUCACUGCCUCCCUCUGAGUCUGUAUCCUCCACUGUGAUCUACUCUAUGGGCACGAUGGAAAAAAAAAAAAAAAAAAAAACUAUUGCACUUUUUUUUACAUCUUUUCUUUCGUUGCUUUUAUCUCUGUCGUUAUGUGUGUGUGUUUGGAGGCUGUCUGCCAUGAGAGGAGCUGAUUUAAGAGUUUUAUAUUUGGCUUUAAAAUGUGUCCGGUUUCUGAAGACAGCAGAUUAAAUGUUUUAUAGGAAGCGAAGGAGAGUGAAAACAGGACUGAAUUAUACUCCAUGGUACAAUAAGUAUGUGUAAUAAUAGGUAGUUACUCCCAUUACCAGAUGUUAUUCUCCUGUUUUAUUAUGCAUUAUGUACAUUCAGAUGAUUUAUAUUUCAAUAAAUGAGAUUUAAUAAUGUGA